AUGGAGUCCGUGCCUUCGGCAGGCUUCUCAGAAGCCGUGCCAAAUGGGACUCCGUCAGCUGCUAGUCCCGCUUCGGCGCAUCCAACAGCUUCUUGCUCCAACGUGAUGCCAGGCGCCGCUUCCACGUCACAUGUCGGCCUUUCUCAGGCCAGCCAAAAAUCGUGCCUUCAGCGCCAAACGGACAGCGACGACGAUUCACCAAUAAAGCCGAAGUCGGUGACAAAAAGCAAACUUCUUUCGGACAGCGACGAUGAUGCACCUGUGAAACCCUCUAGGCCAACUCAGGCAUCUCAAUCGGCAGAGGCUUCUCUGCGAAAAUCAACUAACGGAACGUCACUGGCCUCUGCCCGACAACGCGCGAAGAGUGCGAUGUUUGGUGGCUCGACUGGUCGACACGGAGAAACGUCUGACAGUUCGAGCGACAGCGACUCAAGCAGCGACACGAGCAGCUCUGGUCGGUCCAACAGCUCUCUGUCCUCGUCAGAUAGCGGGUCCUCUGACUCCUCCGACGCUUCUGAUUCCUGCAACGACUCCGAGGACGACCAGCUGCAGAAGCCCCGGAGAAAAGAAAAGGCUGCAGUUACGAGGCGCAAGCAACCGCCUCCAAAGAAGCAAAAAGUUCCUCAGCGUGCCAGCUCUGCCGGCGGGACCUUGAAGGCUCGGUCAAGGAACCGUGAUGAGUCAGAAGAUGAUGAGAAUGGCACUGAUAUCAGCAUGGGGACUUUCGACCCGCGAAACCGAACGAACAGAGCUAAGCUGGUUGCCCAGCUUUUAUGCAGGUGGUGGUACGUUCUCCCCGAGUGGCCUCCUGCUGAUUACGAUUAUAUUGCUGAGUUGACCAACCGCCGACUUAAGCUUGUGACCCUUGAGGAGUAUGAGGAUCUAGAUGACGUUGAUGAGCAAGGAUUCACGAAGGUGUACCAGAUAUCGGCGUUCCCUGGUGUUUUCCGCGACCCCUAUGGCAAAGCGAUAGAUCUGCGACCGGCGGAGGGUCGCCCCUGCUACAGCAACCUCAUUAAAAAGAGCGAAUAUGAGCUCCUUCAACUUGUUGAAACUGCAAUCAAGAAUCAGCUCGAAAAACUCAAGGAAUCUGUUUACGAUGAACUUGCCACCCACAAGAAGUUAGAAGCAGAGCUCUCGGGGGUGUCGAAGGAGUUGCAGCGCUACCGUCUGCGAGACGACAUGCUACAAGCGAAAUCAGCGGCAACGGCGAAGAGUACAUAG